AUGAACAGCACCAAAUUUAAUGGAAGUGUGCCGCGGAAAGACAAUAACGUAAAAGAUGAGUGGAGUGCAUACGAAAAUUAUGGUGCUGGACAUGGAAAGAAUAACCAUGUCUGUGUGCACAUCCACAAUAACAUAAACAUUUUUUACAACGCUGGUGACAAUUUAUGUAGCAUAGAUAGGGUUAUAAAUGCGUCUAACAAUAAGGUAAUAAACUUGGGCAUAUUUCAGAAUGAGGUAAGAGAUGUGCAAGACAUCGGAAAAGUGAAGAACAGCUUCCACUUUAACAAUCGGAACGAGUUAUACAGAGACAUUGGGUUGCUUGUGUGGGAGAGUUGGUUCGACAGUGGUGGUGCAAAUGUUUACGACUGGGGCGGAACGGGUUGCAUUAGUGAUGCGGCUCAGAGGUAUUUUACCACGUCCAGUUGCAACAUAAGUGGUAUUAACUGCAGUAACAACUGCACCCCACGGAAUGACACCAGCAUGUGCGGCCAUGCCAACCCAAGCAGUAGACACGAAUUCGCCUCUUCUCAGCAAAAUGCUCCAACUAACAUAAGAAUGUCAGAAGAAUUUAGCCCCCCAAGGAAUAAUCACAACAAGCAGUACUUGGAAAAAGAGUACUCCACUAAUCAGCACAAUUUUUACGAUGACUCGAACGGGAAGAGCUCAAAGCUGACGGGAAAACACCAUCAGUUUAGCAACAACCACGAUGGCAGCAGAAUUGCCGUUUUGAAAAAGAAAGGCACAAGUGAAGUAAAAUUGCAAAGUCUACAUGGGGAUGGACCACACGAGGGGGGGAAGAAUACACAAAUUGUUAACAUUCCUCCUGGGAACUAUUGCCAAGACAGAAGUGACUGUGUAGUUCCGGAAUUGCAAAAUGGGAAGAGAAAGUUAAGUUAUAACAGCGCCAUCGACGCUUUCAUGGGAGGAGAGUAUGUUAGUUGUGAAAACUUCCGUUGCGAAGCGGAUGGUUUGGGAGAGCAUUCCAACAUAGGGGGGGUUGACUGUGCAUAUAAUUUUUCGGACACCGGGAAGAGGUCCAGCUCCUUCGGGAAAAGGAAAUCUACACAGGGAGACUCGGCAAAUAGUGCUGCCACAAAGUGCAACUUCACAAGGAGGGACAACUGGGAUAAUCACAGGAGAGCACACGAGCAGGGGGAAAUAUUUUCCCCACGGAAGUGGUGCGAGGUGGUAAGUUGCCCAACUGGUAAUCACCCCGAAGGAAAUGACACAUGGGAAAAAAUAGAAAAAGGGGAAUUUCAAAAAAAUAGCAUGCACAGAGAUACAAAUGGAGGGGGAAAAAUGCCGUACUUUGAUGAACAGCUAAUAAAAAAGGUCAACUUGUCCGGAACUCACCAUGACCAUAUUCCUGGGGAAGAAAAAAAAAAAAAAAAUUGGCCAUGUAGCGAAAAUGGGUCUUAUAAGCUAAAUGGUGGAAGAAAAGCGGAGAAUGGGCCUACGCAGGGCAUCAAAAUAACGGAGAAGAGCACCACCACAGAGGGGGUUGACGAUAAUUUAAUGUACAAUUGGCCGUUCGACAUCUUUGAAGAUGAUAAAUUAAGUUAUGACCGUGUGUGCAAAUUUGAUGAUAGUCAAAAUUGCCUGAACGGGUCAGGCGAAAGUUUCUACACAAAUGGCUUGAUCAAGUCAGGCGAUAGCUUUCACAAAAGUUGCACAAAGGAGUCAGGAGGUGACUGUCCCACGAAUAACCCGAAAGGAAGUGGAAACAUCGGGAACAACUACAUGGAAAGCAAAACCCGCAGCAUACACAGCGAGGAGUACCCAAAGGGACAUCGCACAAACGAUGGAAUUGAAAAUAAUUGCAAAAAAGUGUUACCUGGAAGGGGCGAGGAAUAUUUUCACGUCGAGCAAAAGGGAUGGAAGGAAGACAAUUUUUACCUGAACAGUCAUAAUUUUGAUAACUUUUUUAACCAAAGUGCAAAUCAGCAAAGUCCACAUAGCUGCUACGGAAAAGACUUGCACAAUGACCACUGGUCAAAAAGUCCAUUUUGCAAGAAUGACAAGACGUACAAUAAGAACAAUUACACACACGAGGAAGAUACAUACGUUGAAAAUAAAAAAAAAUAUAUUUAUGAGGAAAAAAAAAACAACGCAAAAAUUGACAUGCUAAAAAAAGAAACGACAUACGACCAAGUGUCACCAUCAAAUCGCGUUUUCACGGAUGCCUACAUCAAUAAACAAAUAAAUGCAAUCUUUGGAGAUCUCAAAAAAGACGGUCAUUUAAGUAAAGAUAAUAUUGCACAAUUAGUUCAUGACAAUUCUGUGAGGGGAACAAAUUUUCUAUUUCGAAAAAGUAUUGAUAUGGAAAUCGAGACAAAGGAACAUAUGAAAUAUAACCCCACCACGCUUUUGCGAAAAAAUGAAUUUUUAAAAAAUAAUUUUAGUCAUGGAAAUUACAAUCAUUCGGAAAAAUUAAAUGGUCACAAUAACAACAUAUUGACGUUUAAUGUGGCGCAAUAUUCCUUGGAGGAUAACAAGCACGAUAAUUUUUCGUGCAAAAGCAUUAACUUUGGGCCAUAUGGAAGUAGGAUGUUUACCACCGCCACUACGAUCUCAGGACAGGGGCAGCGAAAUGACUUGAAUGAAUUUUUACACUUUUGUGAUCAGAGCCAAGUUGGAAGUGAACAGAGAGAACGCGAAUUAUAUGACUUCCUCGAAAUUUAUGACAGAAACAAUUACACCAUUCCAAAUGAGGAAACAACUCAGGACGAAUUUGUGGAAAUUUAUGAUACCAUUAAUGGCACAGGGAGGAAGGAAACUAACAACAUGAAUGAUGAAUUUCUGGACAUCAGUCACCAGGAGGAAAAUUCAAUCUUGCACGUCGAAGAUGAAUUUGUGCACAUUCGUGAGAAAUCACAAAGCAAUGGAGCUGGUCCCCAGGAGGAUGAAUUUUUAGACAUAUACGACAAAAUUGUUAGCGCGAAAAGUGCGCAGGUUGAUGAGUUUUUGGAUAUCUGCAGUGGGGAGGAGAGGUUCCAGCGGAUGCGGGAGCGGCAACAGCAACGUGAAGGUUGGGGAGAGCAAGUGGUCGGCAACGCUGAGAGGAAGUGCUUGGAAAAGGCAGACCGUCAUGAAGGUGGGCAAAGUGAGCAAAGCGACCAACUGCGACAAAGCCAGGGAAACCAAUUUACACCCAGCUACAAUGCGAGGAAGAAGGUUAAGCAAAGUGAACCCCCCGAUCCGUUGGAAGAUCCCCCUCAGGGAAAUAACAGCUCCGUGAGCGAGAGACCCAAAAGUUACUCUUCAUUCACGUAUGCUUCUGGGAAGGAAGUGAACAUAAAUAAAGACGUCCUAAACGAAAUGAGGAAAAAACUGUUCGACGAUGACGAUGAGGGAGAAAGGGGCAUUACCAGGGAGGCAAUACCAACCGAGGGAAGCACCGAAGUCAGGCCUAGUAGCAGUUAUAAUAACCCAUUUAGGAGCGUGCAUUUGUCCCGUGAAAGAGCCCCCCCAAGUAGUGGCAAGGAACACAAAUCGUUCACGUACGCCUCUGGGAAGGAAGUGAACAUUAACAAGGACGUUCUGAACCGGAUGCGGGAGACGCUAUUCGGGGAUGACAGCAUCGUCAGCGAAAAGGCUAAUAAUAGUAGCAGUAACAGAGGUAACAAUGGCGUUGGGGGAGCGAGGGAGAAACAGCUCAGCUCUUUCGCCUACGCCUCCGGGAAGGAAGUGAACAUUAAUAAGGACGUGCUGAACCGGAUGCGGGAGACACUAUUCGGGGAUGACGAGCCCCCAAAGGACGGCGGCGCCUAUCUAGACAACUUGAAAAAAAGAAAAGAGCACACAGAUCUCAUUAUACCAAAUGGGGACAAAAUUACACACAGAAAUGAGCAUCCGUUGGAAUAUGCCCCCCCCACGUUAGCACACCCAUCGGGGAGGGAAGAAGACAAAGGGGUGAAGGAAGCGGAAGAGGCGGUUAAGAAGAACCAAGAAAGUGAGAAACUAUCUGAGUGCGGGGACCCCCAGUCGGAGGGCAUCCAAGUGGAGUGCACACAAAAGGUCAUUCCGCCAGGAGGCACCCUUCACGAAGGGGUAAGCGUAAAAGAAGGCGAACUAUACGAAUCGGUGGGUUACAACGAAAUUAUAAACAUGGAGGUGAAUCUGUUGCACAGUGUAGAACAUAAGGGUACCUCUGCAGAGGGUAGAAACGCUUCAAAGAAGAGAGUGGGAAGACAAAUGUUGAGGAGUGAUGUGAAGAGCAAAAAUAAUUUUGUUAACCCGAGGAAGCGUAAGUUAAGCGAAGAAGCGAACGGGGUGCAGUGGGCUCACGAAAGGGGAGGAACUAAUCACACGAAUAAGAUGAAUACCACUUCCAUUGGUAAAAAAAACAAACAACUCGAUUUAAACAUCAACUUGAGAGACCACUUGAAGGUGGUAAAAGACAUGUACACCCUUUUGGCGAAGAGGAAAAAGUUAAGAGGAAACAGAAAAUUGACAAACACCCUCAUAUACGUGAAUGAAAAUAAACGGGGGUACACAUUUAAAUGGUCCGCCAAUGAUUACUUGUAUUUUCUAAAAAAUGAAGAACUGAAUGAGUACUACACUGCUGACGUGACUGUCUUGUACGAGCUGUUCGUGCUGACCACGAAGCAGCUUAACAUUUUCCAUUCGUACGAUUUUGCCUGGUUUUUAAGGAAGUACAAAUUGGUAACCAUGGCGCUGGUGCGUAAGUACACGAAGGAGCUCCAAAAAAGGUACAAUUUACUGCGGGAGGGGGCACACAAGGAUGAGGCGAAGAGGUUCCAUCCCCCCGAGUAUCCAUUCUACACGUGUAAAUUUGGACAAAGAGUGAUAAGGUCCACCCAGUCAAUGUUUACCAUUCGAAUUAUCGACGAGGUGGAGCCGCCCUCCCCAAUCGAGUUCAUGUUCAAAUUGCUAAAACGAUAUGUAGAGGAAAGAAAAAACAAAAAGUCCAUCCUACAGAAGAUGCAGGAUAACACGGUGUCAUACAAAGUCCCCGUAAAUCUGCGAGUAGAAAAAAUUAUAAAAAGCAAAGGCAAUAAAUGUGUUUUCAUUUUGAGUGACAACUUUGAGUACAUACAUUGUACCGCGAAAGAUUCUUAUUUAAAAAAUUUACUCAGGACAAAUAUAAUAAAGCAAGGAAAUGUGUUAAGAAUUAAUGCCCUAGAUUUGGACAAGCAGACAGAGAAUCAAACUCAGAGUGAGUUCUGCCAUAAGUCCGUCAUGUUAUUUUCCCUUUCCAGUAACGAUUUGAUCGAAAUAGAUCGACAGAAUAAUCUCAGAGUAGGGGUGACAAAAUAUAAGGCCAAAAGAAUUAAACAUAUUGAGCACUGGGGAAACUCCUGCUUCUUUGUAGAUGUCAUAAUUAUCAGCAAGAGUGAUUUUUCCUAUGGGUUCUAUGAUUCCGUAAAGGGGAAGUACUACCUGCUACAUAGCAAUGUGUAUGAGAAGAUUAUCUACAAUUUGAAACACGAAAUGAGCGAGCUCAUGCAGGAGGAGAACUUUCAGGAGGAUGAUCGGUAUACAAAAGUGAGGGACGACUUGAAUAUGUUCCUCGAGGCCACUUCCUUUUGCACCGUGCAUGCCAUAGACUUGGCGGCCUGCGAACGGAUAAGGGGGGCGGCAUCUCUGGAUGACAAGAUCGAGCACAUCAUUAACUCUCUGUGUCGAGUGAAGCUCUUCCGGAUGAACAUGGAGACGUACGAAAACCUGCAGCGGGGGAACCGAAUCCAGCUGUUCAACGUGCACGUGCAAAAGUCAGAAAGGAACAACAAAUUCAGUCAGGUGCUGGGUGAAGACAUACAGGGUUUUAUUUACGACACACUCCAGGGGGACAACAAAGCUAACCAUAUGACGAAGGCAAUCAGUUAUAACUCCUUUGAAUCUCACUUUUUUAAGGAAGAGAUGGAGAGCAGAAAUGGAGCUAGCGAAGGAAGCUACCCAGAUGACUACCUGGAUGGCUACAUGCAGAACCCAUUCAGCGGGUUCUUGAGGAGAGGUAAAAAGUACACCCCCAUAGUCCUUCAAGGCACCCAUGCGACGUACAUCAAUUUGGAUGAUAAGUAUAGGAGCAAAUUGUUUGAAGAGCUUAACGACAUGGUGACCUUGCAAAAUAGCGAACAAGGGAACCAAGCUGGAAGGAAAAGUCAAAUCAAACAUAACAGAAAGGAGCAGCAUGUUUGCUACCCAUCGUUUAUCUAUACGAACGUUUUUAAAAUCCCCGUUUUAUCGAGGAUCCACAUAACCCUUUUGAGAAACUACGCCAAGAUAAAUGCAAGCGGAAAAGGUUUCUACUACGAUUUAAUUCAGGGCAAUUUCUACACCCUCUCGGGGGUCAUAGUGCACUACACGGACGUCGAAAUGAAGGAAGUUACCGGCUACGCCUGCCCUGAAGGAAAGAAGAACAAUCUGUUUUACCAAGUUUUCCUCCUAACGUCCAACGGAAAUCUAUGCUGCGUAAACAUUUCGCUGAUUUCUCCGGACUCCUUAAUAUCGACAUACAGGAAAGACUUCGAGUGCAAGGAGAGAGAAAUGCUUAAGAGGAUGAUUCACGUUGAGGAUGUAGAUCCUGGCGGUGUCCAGAAGGGAGGACAUAAAAAGGGCCAAGAGGAAAACAAAUAUGUUUCUAGCAAUAACAGGAACCAUUUGUACAAUUACUUGUACAAGGUAGAAAGGAAGAACAAGGAGAGUCCUUCCAAGGAAGACGUGGACAACAAAAACGUUGAUGUUUUUAUAUUUUUUAAAGAUGUGGAAUUUAUGAAUUAUGAUGAGAAGUACGACAUUUAUAACUUCCGAUCGUACGAUCACCCGCACUUUCACCCCCCGAGGUUGUACUCGAACGAGUUUGAGCACACAAAAAGGAGCAUAGCCGAAUUAAUCAGAGGAAAGUACAUCGAAUGUGAAAAGAACAGACUAAUCGUAAAACUAACCAACAGCAUGAAAAUAAAAAUCGAAAAAGACAAUCUGCCCCACAUGCAUUUCUUCUAUUUGCUUAUUUACUCAAAAUCGAAAUCCAUUGAAUUGACUGGAGUUCAUGUUAAGAACAAUUACUUAUCCACCUUUUUGCAGAACUUGUGGACUGUGUUUGUUAAGUAA